AUGCAGCCGAUUGUUGCUGACCUCAUAUCACGCCCACCAAAACGGAUAAUUGCAGGCACAUCCAGGUUCAACAAUGGAUUUGACAUUGCCAAGAACGUCUGUCAAGUUAUAUGCGGGGGUUUGGAAGUUUGCCAAAACUUGUUGGCCCUGCGGUUCGAUCACAUAUUCUACACUGGCGGCACUGUUGGCGCACGAGCUAUAUACACGGCUGCCGCCAACUUCCUCACACCCGUAACUCUGGAAUUGGGUGGGAAGUGUCCGUCUUAUGUGGACGCGGAAUCCGAUCUUCACCUUGCAGCUCGACGCAUCGCUUGGGGCAAGAUCUACAAUGCCGGACAGGCUUGUGUGGGCGUAGACUACGUCUUGUUGCAUUCUGCAGUGGCGAGUGAAUUCUACAAACACUUGGAGGAUUCCUUGCUUACCUUUUUAGGCAAAGAUCCUCAAAAAUCUCCGGAUUUUGCCAGAAUCGUGAAUGAGAAACACUUCGAACGACUGGUCAGUUUACUCCGAGAAACUAAGGGCAAAGUUCUUGUUGGUGGUACGACGGAUGAGGAGGACUUGUACAUUUCGCCCACUGUUGUGGUGGACGUCCAACCGAAUGACUCCUUGAUGUCGGAAGAGCUUGUUUCACACCCUCAGCUGUAUCGCGCGAUCAUGAUAUGCACUUCUUCUUCGUCAUCCAGUGUCCAUCACAUAUUUCCCAUUUGUCCCUCUCCCGAUCCUCACCAGAGUGAAUUCUACAAACACUUGGAGGAUUCCUUGCUUACGUUUUUAGGCAAAGAUCCUCAAAAAUCUCCAGAUUUUGCCAGAAUCGUGAACAAGAAACACUUCGAACGACUGAUCAGUUUACUCCGAGAAACUAAGGGCAAAAUUAUUGUUGGAGGUAUGACGGAUGAGGAGGACCUGUACAUUUCGCCCACUGUUGUGGUGGACGUCCAGCCGAAUGACUCCUUGAUGUCGGAAGAGCUAUUCGGUCCUAUCCUGCCUAUCAUGAAAGUUGACUCUCCCGAGGAGGCAGUGAACUAUAUCCGCUCCAAGGAAAAGCCUCUGGCUUGCUACGUUUUCACUCGCAACGCCGACGUCUUCUCUCUUUUCAAGCAAAAUACCUCUAGUGGUAGUUUGACCCAAAAUGGUUGCUGCACCCAUUUCCUUGCCUCGGAGUUGCCCUUCGGAGGUGUAGGCGCUUCUGGUAUCGGCCGCUACCAUGGCAAGUUCUCGUUGGACACGUUCUCUCACUUGCGUGGUGUUCUGAUUAAGUCAACCAACGAAUUAGUAAACCAAAGGACCAUUUAUCCCCCUUACACGGAAGGGAAGAUAGCUUGGACAGAAUGGUUACUAUCUGGUUCUGAUCGCCGUUUCUGUUCAAUACUGUGA